GAAUUUAUCAACAGGAAAAUAGCAUUUUGAAUGAAAAUGGUUAUAAAAAACUAAAACAAUUGUUUGUAAUAACGUAAAUAAUUAAGAGGAUUAGUUGACUAUGGAUAUUCCUCAACCUCCACAAGAUACUGAACUUAAAACUAUUAUCGAUAAACUAGCGCAAUUUGUCGCUCGAAAUGGCCCGGAAUUCGAACAGAUGACGAAAAACAAACAGAAAGGAAACCCCAAAUUUCAGUUCUUGUACGGUGGCGAACACUUUAAUUAUUAUCAAUACAAAGUUUCAACAGAACAAGCUGUAUUUAAACAACAACAACUUCAACUACAAUCGGGAGUGAGCGUUGAUCAGGAAAAUAGUUGGAAUACGCCUCCGCCUAAUCAGGUGAUACCUCAUACAGCAGAAAUCGAUCAGAUUAACAAACAACAAGACGUAUUAAGGGAACAAAUUAAACAAAGCGAAUUAAAUUUGACCGCACAGCACACUGUGUUGCUCCAACAACAACAAACUCAAAUCGAACAAACCGUCGUUAAAUGUGAGGCAAACGAUCUACAAAAAGAGGCCGACAUAUGCGAAAUAUCCUUAUCAGAAAUCCACAGUAUUCUUCAACCUAUAAUCGAUAGUUGUACAAAAGAUAGCAUAAGUAACGGAAAGUCUUGGUUUUUGCAAAAUGCUACGACUAAAGAAAAAGCGGAUUGUAUAGUCGAAUGCUUGUUGUAUAAAGUUUUACAAACCGGAAUUUUCUCCCAAAAACUCCAUAUUAUUUACUUGGUAAACGACUUGUUGCACCACAGCGCCCGAAAGAACGCGAACGAUUUGAAAGACGCCCUAGAACGAGUGGUUGUUCCGAUGUUCUGUAACGCCAGCAUCGCGGCCACCUCCGAUCAGAAAUUGAAGCUCGACAAGCUGUUGAAACUGUGGGAAUCGAAAACCAAUUACCUGAAAUCCGACACGUUGGAGAAAAUGCGAAAUCCGUUGCAGAGCUACCAACAAUACCAGGCCGGCCAAUUGUCGAAAUACACCAAAGAAGUUACGGCUCUGACGCAACAGACGAAAGUCACCUUCGACGGUUACCAGGCCCAACACCAGGCCUUCGUCUGUCACGCUAUGCAGCAAAUCAUGGAUUUGCAACAGCAGAAGCAGAAUUUGGAACAACAAGUCGUUUCGCAACCGCCGGCGACGAAUACAACAAGCGGUUCGAACAUAGUACCAUUAGAAUCGAUCCAAGCGAGCCUACAACAAACCAUACAGAACCUCAGCCAAGGCGUCGGCUCGAACGCCCAACCAUUCGCCCUAAACCCGCCGAACGACGCCUACAAUUCGAUCGAAACGAACACGUCGAUCCCGCCGCCCAAUUUGGGCGCCGCCGCCGCCCCCCCGGCCGCCUUGGGCAAUUUCAACGGCUCCGCGUUCCCGGUGGCGCCCGAUCUGACGCUGCAACCGCCGCCUCCGCUGGCCGCCGCCGCCGCGCCCAACGGCAUCGACGGCCUGGCGUUCACCCAACCGCCGCCCGGCUAUUUUCCGCCGCCCCCCGCCGGCGUGUUUCCCGAUUUUACGAAGCCGCCGCCGGGCUUCGCCCCUAAACCCGAGCCGUUGCUCGAGGAUUUGAUGCCCUCAGCGCCUUAUUAUGAUCUACCAGCCGGUCUUAUGGUGCCCCUAGUGAAGUUGGAAGAAACUUCAUAUAAACCGUUAGAUCCUAAAGAUAUUAGGUUGCCCCCGCCGGCUCCUCCGAGCGAACGUCUACUGGCAGCAGUCGAAGCUUUCUACUCUUUACCGAGCCACGAAAGGCCUAGAGACAGCGAAGGUUGGGAAAAACUAGGUUUAUAUGAGUACUACAAGGCGAAAAAUAUCGCGAAAAAAGAGAAGGAGGAACUGAUCGAGGCGGGGCUGCGGCGCAAAUCGAAGAGCCCCAGCCCGAUCGAUCUGCCGGCGGAGAAGGAGCCGUCGCCGCCGAAGCGACGCUACCGCAGCAAAUCCCGCACGCCGCCCCCGCACCCGCCGGUCUACCGGGCGAAGCGGUCGCGGAGUCGAUCGAGGAGCCGAUCGAGGAGCCCGCGAAGGCGCUACAGGGAGUCGAGGAGCGACAGAGACAGGGAGAGGGAGUCGAGAAGGGAGAGGAGGCGCAGGAGCCGCACUAGAUCCAGAUCUAGAUCGAGGUCGCCCGUUAGGCGAUCCAUUUCGCCGCCUCCUGCUACUAACUUUACGCAUUUGAGUUUGAUGCAAUCGGCGGUACAGGAGUUGGAUCCGUCGAAUAAGGGGCAUCAGAUGUUGAAGAAGAUGGGGUGGGGCGGUAGCGGUUUGGGGGCCAACGAGCAGGGGAUAGAUACGCCGAUAUCGGGGGGCGACGUGCGCGACAGACAGGACCAGUUCAAAGGGGUGGGUUGCAAUUUGAACGAUCCCUACGAGAAUUUCAGGAAGAACAAGGGGGCGGCGUUUAUAACGCGAAUGAAGGCGCGCGCCGAGGAGAGGGCUGCCGAGAGUAAGUGAGAUGCGAUGAAGAGAUAUUGAUUAAACCUGGCUUCUUUUUAAUUCGAUUAAGUUUAAACACGCAUUUCAAUUUGUUUGACUUACAUUUUGUUAUUUAGGCACCUUUUUACUGAACCGUAUCAAAUAAAACAUUUUUUUUUUGUACAAUCGCCUUGUUUGAUGUAAGCGUCUGUUUUUGUAAAUAUUCUUUCCUAUUUAUGUACCCGGUAAAUGAUAUAAUAAAUUCGAAGAUGCUGGAAUAUAUGA